AUGGCGUCAUCUCGACUGGUAGUCAAGAACGUGCCAUCGUAUAUGAGCCAGGACAAGUUCAAGGCGCAUUUCAGCAAGAAAGGAACCAUCACAGAUGUCAAACUGGUCACGACUGAAGAUGGACGAUCUCGACGGUUUGGUUAUAUUGGAUACAAGACAGAGGAAGAAGCCAGAUCUGCUCAACAGUAUUUCGACAAUACUUUUAUCGACACGGCAAAGAUCCAAGUCGAAUUCGCUAAACGAAUUGGAGAUCCAUCACUUCCCAGACCAUGGUCUCGAUACUCUGAAGGCUCGUCAGCCCAUGAAAAGACCGCAACAGGCUCAAACGCUACACCUUUAACAUCAGCACCAGUCAUAUCAGAAAAGGACUCAAUCAAGGCCAGAAACGCAGCUGCAAAAGUCGCACGGCUCGAUCACCAGACCAAACUCAUGCAGAAACUAGCUACUGCUGAAUCAGAUCCACAGUUCCAAGAAUAUAUGCAGGCUAUGAAACCCAGAGCUGCAACGGGACGGACGUGGGCUAACGAUGACAUGAUUGCUGCUGUGCCGACUGUGCCGGCUGCUAUGCAAAAGAAGAAGAAGAAGAGGAAGGCGACGGAUUUGGCAUUGGAUGAUGCUGAGGCAGUCAAGAAUGAUGGUCAAACUGUCAAGGCAGGAGACGAUGAUACGUUGUAUCAGGAUCUACCUGUAGUCGAAGCUGCUGUAGAGCCACCUGUGAAAAAGAUGAAAAAGUCGAAAACGAAUCGUAGCGAGAGGAGUGAUGCUCCUGCUGCAGCAACUAGUAUAGUAGUGGAAUCUGUAGCAAACAAUCCAGCUAUAUCCGACUUGGACUACUUCAAAUCGAAAAUAUCCCAAUCGAUAGAUAUAGUAGAUGAUACCGCAGCACAAGACGCACCCAUGAACGACGAAGCAGAAGACGACGUCGAAGACGAGCUAAUGGAUAUAAUACAUGAUGCCAAAACAACCGCACCAUCAACAACCCCAAUAACACCACCAGCAUCUGAAUCCCCUCCACCGCCACUCCCCGCCGACAUAAUAUCCAUAAUAUCCGACACGGGCCGUCUCUUUAUCAAAAACCUCGCCUUUGCAUGCACGCAAUCAGACCUCGAAGCGCUCUUCUCCCCCUUUGGUCCCGUCUCUGAAAUUCACUUAUCAAUAAACAAGACAAAUCUACAGCCAAAGGGGUAUGCGUUUGUGACGUAUAUGAUUCCAGAGCAUGCGCUGAAGGCAUAUCUAGAGUUGGAUGGGUUUAUUUUCCAGGGACGGAUACUAGAGGUGCUGCCUGGGAGGGAGAAGAUGGUGCUUGGUGGUGGUGGGUUUGGUGAGAAUGGGAAUGGUGGUAAUGGUGAAGGGUAUGGGGAUGAUGGGUUGACGUUUAAGCAAAAAAGGGAAAAGAAGAGGAAGGAGGAGUCUGGGCAUUCGUUUACGUGGAAUACCUUGUUUAUGAAUAGUGACGCCGUAGUAGAAUCCAUGGCCCGCUCCUUAAACGUCCCCAAAUCCGCAAUUCUCGAUCCAUCAUCCUCAGACAUGGCAGUCCGACUCGCACUAGCAGAAACCCACGUAAUAACCGAAACAAAGCAAUUUUUUGCUCAACACGGUGUCUCGAUAGACGCAUUCGAAACCGGGUUUGCCAAAUCGAAAAAGUCACGAAGCGAUACGGUUAUACUGGUCAAGAAUAUACCCGCUACUACUGUGGAUGAGGAGAUGAGGGAUUUGUUUGGGAGGUUUGGAACUAUGGGACGAGUGCUACUCCCACCAUCACGCACCAUCGCCCUCGUGGAAUACAUGCACCCGACAGAAGCAAAAGUAGCAUUCAAGAGCCUCGCAUACACGAAAUUCAAACACCUCCCACUCUUUCUUGAAUGGGCACCUACAGGCACAUUCUCAUCUCCUCCUGAAACAACAAUACCUCAAAUCACCCCAGCACCUACUCCAGCGCCCGCUGAACCAACACCAAUACCAGCAGCACCAAUAACACUCACCGCAACACCCGACGACAUGGAUCUCACCACCCAAACAGGACCAACCACAACCCUCUUUAUUAAAAAUCUAAACUUUGAUACCACCGAAUCAGCUCUCAAGGAUAUCUUCCCAGUACAUGAGUUCCCGAGUGUUAAGAGCGUGAGGGUUGCGACCAAGCCUGAUAAAAAGACAGGCAGGGUACUCAGUAUGGGAUUUGGGUUUGUCGAGUUUGGAGUGCGGGAUGAUGCGGCUAAGGCGCUUAAGGUCAUGCAGGGCCACGUACUAGAUAACCACGCACUAACCCUCAAAGUUUCAAACACCACCAAACCAACCACCCAAAACCUCAACCGCAACAUAAACAGCUCCGAUAUCGCCGCCAACGGCACCAAACUAAUCGUACGAAACAUACCCUUCGAGGCAUCCAAAAAGGAUAUCAAGUCUCUCUUCUCCACAUUCGGAAAAAUCAAAUCCCUCCGUCUGCCCUUAAAACUCGAUGGCUCCCACCGCGGAUUCGGAUUUAUAGACUUUUUAACGAAACAGGAAGCCAAGAAUGCGUUCGAGUCUUUGCAUGCGACGCAUUUGUAUGGCCGGCAUUUGGUGCUGGAGUGGGCGAAAGAUGAUGUUAGUGUUGAGGAUGUGAGGGAGAGCACGAGGAGGAGCUAUGGAGUUAGUAGGAAGGUGGGGAGGGUUGUUAUAGGGGAUGAUGGGGAGGAGUAG